AUGAGUGACAACAAAAUGGUUCAAAUCAGUAAUCCAAAUUUAGAUAGUCAGUUGGAUGACUGUUUGUGUCAUCUUGGUAUUUUUAAAAGUAUGCUAGAUCUUCCGAUGACUUUUGGUGAUGUUAAGUUCCUAUGCAUGGGGGGAAGCGAAAGACGGAUCAGAAAGUAUGCAGAAAUGUUUGCCGAGCAAAUGAACUUGAAAAUGUCUGAGAAUUUUUGCAAAACUGACCGUUAUGUGAUGUACAAAACUGGUCAAGUUUUAUGGGUCAAUCAUGGCAUAGGUAUCCCUUCGUUAAGUAUCAUACUUGUCGAAGUAAUAAAACUGUUGCAUCAUGCAAAGGCAAAAGAAGUGGUAGCGAUCCGAAUAGGUACUUCAGGAGGUCUUGGUUUACCGCCUGGUACCUUGAUACUUUCUAAUAAAGCAGUAAACGGUGAAUUGCAGGAUCAAUAUGUGCAAUAUAUAAUGGGCAAAAAGGUUUUAAGGUCAGCUAAUUUUGAUGCAGAGGUGCUUGAACAACUACAACAAACUGCUAUUCAACUAAAUCUACCUGUUCAAGUGGGCAAGACUUUUUGCACAGAUGAUUUCUACGAAGGUCAGGCACGAAUGGAUGGCGCAUUCUGUGAUUACACUGUGGAACAAAAAUUUGCAUUCCUCAAUCAUUUGUAUGAUUUAGGUGUACGAAAUAUUGAAAUGGAAUCAUUGUGCUUCGCAGCAUUAUUAAAUCGUAGCAAUAUACGAUCAGCAGUAGUGUGUGUUUCGUUGGUGAAUCGACUGAAGGGUGAUCAGAUCAAAUUGUCUGCGAAGGAUAUCAACGAAUUCGAAAUGUCUACAUAUAAAUUAGUCUCUGAAUACAUUAGAAAGCAGUUGCGAAUACACUAG